AGAGGUGCGAGGCGAGGGGGGUCGGGUCCGUCUGUGUGCGCGAGCCGGCAUCGCGGUGUGUGCGUGUGUGCGCCUGACUGAGUGACGACAGAGAAGGAGGUACCGGCUACCGGUGUUCGUUUGUUCCUUCCUUCCUUCUCGUAAACGUGGUCGUAGUAGAUCCUAUAGUAGAUCUAAUAGUGCAGUGAGUGGCGGUUUCGGUGGUCAUUUAUUGUUGCUGUUGUUGUCGGUGGUGGUGUCGCAGCACUAGUAGAAAGUCACACUGCUCCUGAAUAGUGGUAGCGGAGGAGGUGGUGGUAGUUGUGAUCCACGAAGCUACUGGCUGUAUUUUUAGUUGCUGCGUUGCUGUGCGCUACUGUUGUGGAAGUAAAACUUCUAAAGUGAAAGUGAAUUUGUUGCUGAGAGCAGGGAUUUGAGGCGGAUUUUAUCUACCUGUGCCCGCGAGGUGCGGAAACGGUUUACAGGCCCGUCGUGGUUACAUCAUCGUUUUUACCGGAUAUUUCUCUCUCGGAACGAUUGAAGAUACAAGCCCCGGGAUUUCAGGAUUAGCACGACACGUCUAGCAGAUCAGACCACAAGAAAGGACCGACUUACCACCUUUGUGGGGCACUGCUUCCAGACUUUUGUUCGAGGAUCAUCACUGAGCGACGCAGCAAGAGAAGAGCUCGAAUUUCGAAAAUGGAUUCUAAAUUCACGCUGUAUGUACUGCUAGUGGCUGUGGUGGCAACGUGCCUGUUCGUUGGUGAGGUCAGGCCAGCCGCUUUGCCAGACAAGUUCUCGGAAGAAGAGGUCCGGAAGAUGGAGAGGUUCUCCGGUGACGUCAUGGGGUGCGCCAACAUCCCGGCCCUGGGCCUGGGCGUGGUCAGAGGGGACGCCACCUUCUCUACCGGUCUUGGUGUAGCUGACAUGGCGACAGGCCACGCUGCUGACAAGCGGACUAUGUUCACCCUAGGAUCCACAGCGAAGGCGUUCGUGCCCUACAUCCUGGCGGAGAUUAUGAACGGCAAGGAAAACCACGACGGACGAAUCCAGUGGAACAGCACACUGCGGGAGAUCCUGCACCACGACCGGGACCUGGAGGUGCCUGAGCCCUGGUCCGACAUGACCUUGAACGACAUGCUCGUCUACAUGUCCGGCAGCAGCGCCGCUGACCUGUCCACCAUGGCCGGACUGCCCGAUGACGUCACCAGGGAAGACCUGAUCAG